GGCGUGUGCGUGCGUGCGUGCGUGCGUGCGUGCGUGCGUUGGUGUGUGUGUGUGAGAGAGAGUGCGCGAAUCGCGAGUGUGUCACACGCACGCGCGACGCGUGUCGCCACUCCGUCUGCUAUUCCGUUUCAUUUCUUCGUCCUAGGAAACUUAACGACCGAUCCUUCUUUCUCUUUCUCUCUCCCUUUCUUUUUCUCUCUUUUCUCUCUCUCUCUCUCUCUCUCUCUCUCUCUCUCUUUCUCUCUCUCUCUCUUUUUCUUCUCGACCACGAUCGCAAAGAGACGAAGACGUCAACGACCUGUCGACGAGCUCCGACGCGACAACGAGCAUUCAUAGUGACCGUUACGACUUGUUAUUUUCUUUUUUCUCUCCUCUUUUCUCCUUCUCUCAUCGGCGAGAAUAACGCGCGUCCGUAACCGUUGUCGAGGAAGAAACAUGCGCGGCGAAAAUUGGAGAAGGAGCACGGCUGUAGCUGCAACGAGGAGCCAUCAACGCGAACAAGAGGAAGGCGACGUCACGCUACCGCAUGUGACUACCACCACCACCAGCGUAUUCGAGGGCCGAUUCUCUUCCUCCCCCUCAACCACCACCUUUUCCUAUAUUUUUUUCUUAACUUCUCAACUUCAGUGAAAUAAGAAAAAGAAGAAGAAGAAGACGAGAGAGAGAGAAAGCCGAGUUCUCGCGAAAUCUCACGUGUUUAUUGGUGUCUUUUCGUUUCUUACAAAAAGAAGAAGAAGAAGAAGAAGAAGAAGUAGAUAAAGGAAAAGAUAGAAAAGAGUGACCGUGAUUGGUGCGUUCAUAUCAAACCGAUAUAAACUUAUUCCGUUGCAGUAGGUUAAUUCGCAAAGUGAAGAGAUAUCUUCCUCUCGCCUCGUCGUCGAGAGACUAAGAUAAAGAAUCCUGGCAGCCUUUCGGUAUUUCUCGAUAAAAUCGAGAGAAGGAAGAUGAGACGUCGUAUCACCGAGGUCACAUCCUCGACGAUGCACCCGGUGCUCUUCUGUUGGUGUGUCGCCGCCAUUUUUAGCGUCGCCUUAGCGGCAUGGCAGGAGAAUGUGCGACCGAAGAUGUAUGUUCAAUUAGGUGCCGAAGAUGUGUUCAGGUUUACGGGAAAUGAAACGCACACAGACUACUUUCGGUUGGUGCUCAGGGAUGCCAACUAUCUUCUCGUUGGUGGAAGAAAUUUAGUGCAUAACCUGAGCUUGACCGAUCUGACGGAGCAACAAAGGCUUACGUGGUAUUCGACGGAAAAGGAUGUAAAGAUGUGCGUAGUUAAAGGUACGCCGGAGGAAAACUGCCAGAAUUAUAUACGAAUCCUCGUGAAGACGAACUCGAGCACCCUUUUGGUGUGCGCAACGAACGCCUUCAAACCGAUGUGCCGCGAUUACCUAGUACACGCAGGUAAUUACACGAUGAUCAAGGAAAAAGCAGCACAAGCUAUGUGCCCUUACGAUCCUCAACACAACAGUACCUACGUUUAUGUCGACGGUGAACUUUACACCGGAACUGUCGCCGAUUUUGCUGGAAUGGAUCCCAUUAUCUACAGGGAACCCUUACAAACCGAACAAUACGAUUCGAUGAGUCUUAAUUCUCCAAAUUUCGUGAACUCCAUGUCCCAAGGAGACUUUGUCUAUUUCUUCUUCAGGGAGACCGCCGUCGAAUAUAUAAACUGCGGCAAGGCCGUUUAUUCUCGCGUGGCGAGAGUCUGUAAAUACGAUCGGGGUGGACCCCAUCGUUUCCGUAACAGAUGGACGUCUUUCCUCAAGUCUCGACUUAAUUGCUCCGUCACCGGGGACUUUCCUUUUUACUUCAAUGAAAUACAGUCAACGACCGAACUGAUAUCCGGACAAUACGGAAGUUUAUCAGCCCAGCUGAUAUACGGCACGUUCACGACCCCGGUGAAUAGCAUAAGCGGCUCAGCCGUGUGCGCAUUUUCCCUCCAGGACAUCACCGAUACCUUCGAGGGUAAUUUCAAGGAGCAAAGCGCGCUCAACUCAAACUGGCUGCCUGUACAAAGUGCCAAAGUACCCGAACCCAGACCAGGAAUAUGCUCCAACGAUUCUCACACUUUAUCGGACAUCAAUUUAGACUUCAUCAAAACCCAUUCCCUCAUGGAUGAGUCAGUGCCGAGCUUUUUUGGACAACCGAUCGUUAUACGCACCAGUUUUCAUUACAGGUUCACUCAAAUCGCGGUGGAUCCUCAAGUGAAGACACCAGGUGGUAAAACCUAUGAUGUCCUUUUCAUCGGCACGGACAACGGAAAAGUUAUCAAAGCGGUGAACGCCGAGUCAGCGGAUUCUCACGAAAAAGUCAGUCCGGUUGUAAUCGAAGAGAUCCAAGCGUUUCCAUCGACGGUGCCUGUACGUGGAAUAAAAGUCGUCCGUGCCUCGCAAGCCGGCGAUGGCUUGGAAGAUGGCCGGCUGGUUGUUAUAGCGGACAGCCAAGUUCAAGCACUGAGGUUGCAUCGUUGCUACGGCGACAGGAUACGGUCCUGCGGCGAAUGUGUGGCUCUUCAAGAUCCAUAUUGUGCUUGGGACAAGGUCGAGGGCAAAUGCCGAGCUCUGGUUGGUCCAGCGGCUACGGAUGCCAGCAGAUUUUUGCAAAGCGUAGCAACCGGCAUUCAUGCCUCCUGCCCGCCGAGCAAGGGAUUGAACAAGGACGCCAGUAGCGUCGGUGCUAUAUCCGCCAAUCAAAAUAAAUUCCCUCAAGACUCGAUGAUACCCAACAAGGAAAGCCAAGGUGGAGAAAUACUCAAUAUCAUGCAAAACGAAGAGCAAGACAAUUCAGGUCCAGAAGUAUCGGCCGCGGAUUCGCCCCCACCGCAAUACAGCGUUGAGACUUUGGUGAUUGCCGUAAUGGCUGGKGCAUUAGCAGCUCUGCUCUUUGGUUUUGUAGCGGGAUACCUGUGCGGCCGAAAGUGCAGAAAAGACGAGGACGAUAACCUACCGUAUCCGGAUACGGAGUACGAGUACUUUGAACAGCGACAGAACGUCAACAGGUUAGCACCGGAGCCAAAGUUACUGCCACAAGAAGAAGUUACGUACGCGGAACCUGUCCUGGUUCCCCAACCAUCGAAGAUGCACUCGCCAAAGGGGACCAUGAGGAAGCCACCGCCAACGCCAACGGAAACCCUCUUCCAGUUUCCGGACGGUUACGGUUUCCGUGGUCCGCGGGAUAACUUUGGUACCCUUCGUUCCCAUCAAGGGGACGCGUAUCGUCGGAACGACGGGUUCGCGACGACGCGUAGCGUCAAAAAGGUUUAUCUUUGAGAAACGAGCGAGGAGGGAGGUGGCCGUCACCGGAGCUUAGGACGGCCAACACGGAUUCGUCACAACGCGGGCUCAGCCGGUAGAAGUAGUCGCGCUGUGACGGCCUCAGGGGGACAGUCCACUCGUGAGUUAGCUGGCCCGAGGGCACUCGAGUCGCCUUCGCCAACCUCCAACGUCUCCUCGAGUUCCCCCUCCCCUCCCUCCUCGUCGCCGUCGCCAACCCUCGUACCGAUCGCGAUGAGUGGAUCGCCACCGCCGCCAACCCUAACGCCACCCUGCAGUUUCAUCUAUCGAUCAUAGUCGUCGAUUAUUCCCACGGCUAUCGCGAUCCCUUUGACGCUCUGCUUCUACCCUCCCCCCUAUCCUGGGGAGGACAGGAUACCUUCUUAAUCGACAGUCCUACUGCGCGUUCCCAAAAUGUAUAGAGACUCACGGAAAAGUCUGAUGCCAGUGUAAGUGUGAACAAGAGCGAAUGACGGAGCGAGAGAGAGAUUUAAUUUCUUUUCGUUUUGUUUGUUUUUUUUUUCUUCAUUAUUUUUCAUCGAUGCCACCACGAUGCCAUUUUUUCCCUCGAAAAAGUUUACGAGGAGUAAAAGCUUCUACGAUUCUAUCAGGUUAAGGGUUACCAAUUGACCUUUUCGCUGGUGUUAGACCAUUUGAUAUUGCGGUCGCUCUGUUGAAAUAUCUUGAAAUAAUGUUUCUUUCUGUUCAAAGCAUAAAAUAGGUGUCAGCGAAAGGGUUAAUCUGUUAGGCUUAAAUUCAGCUAUUCCAAGUUAUUCAAACGUUCCUCAUGCGAUCAAAGAAUGAUUCCACGUUGUUGCUUUAACUUGGAUUAGAUGAUCCGAGUUGUUAGGUGUAUCAGUUAGGCAGUUGGUGAGUAUCGUUUGGAAAACUUAGCUAUCGAGGCUCGCCCAGCUCGAGUCAAGCAGCCGAACAUGGUGUGAUGCUUCUGUUUUUCAUUACUUUUUGCUCGUCAAAACGAAUCUCGCCAAUUUUUCUUUCUACGAUACGUUAGUUUCACUUUGUAAUACUCGAGUCCUUGCGCGUGAUUGCUAAUGAGUAUGCAUGCAAAAGAACGCGAGAGAGAGAGAGAUUGAGAAAGAGAGAAUAUACUGUGAAAUAUUUUAAUUUUAGGAGUUAUACGAUUAUCGAAUCGUAGUUCUUUAGCAUGGCACUGUUUUACAGAAACUUUGGAUAAAAAGGAGUCCCGCGAAAGGUUCAAUCAGAAUUUGAUUCGAAAUUUCGUGCUUAAAUGAAUAGACAAGAAAAUGAAGAAGAAAAUAAAUAAAUAAAAAAAACAUGGGCGGUAAAGUGUUCCAACGAAAUCAGGCUCGAUUGUGAAAAUAGUGCGAACUAGUUGAUCGUAAUCUCUCCACUAUUUUAGAAAAAUUGUCUGUCACGGAGUGAUUGUAAAACUGUGCGCCAUUAGUAUUAUACGACAAGGCUUUUUUCGUAAAGUCAAUUAAAAAGAGUGGAAGAAAAAAAGAGAACGGGGGAGGAAGGAGGAUGACGAGAAAAAGAAGAAAAGAGAUGAUGAAAGAAAGAAAGAAAUAUAGAAAAG